AUGGUAUCCUUAACCGAAGGCCAGAAAGCGACUCUGAGUCCUGAAGCAGUCGAAUUUCUUACCAAAAUCCGCCAUCCUCCACUAGCAAAUACACUCUCAUCCUUCAUAACAUCACCAUGUCGAGUCCCCGGUCUACGCCAGGGCUUUGAAGAGAAGACAGCUCCUGGUGAAUCUCAACUUAUUGAGAAACACAAACUUCAGAUCGCCGAGACUCUCAUCGCUGGCAUUUCUGUUGUCAUCAUUGAACCGCCAGUCAUCAAGCCUGAGAAACAAAAGAAAAUACUGUUCAAUGUCUUUGGCGGAGCGUUCAUCAUGGGGAGCCCCAGAGACAGAGCUGCACUGACUAUGGCGAUUGAACUUGGUGUUCGUGUCUACUCGAUUGACUACACCAAAUCUCCAGAGGUCAAGUAUCCUGAAGCUCGGGAUCAGUGUCUCGCUGUAUACCGCGAGCUCGUCCAAAACGGCCCUUCAGGCGGCGCUCCUGUUGAUCCAUCCAAUAUUCACGCUAUGGGAUGCUCUUCGGGUGCGCAGAUACUCGUCUCGAUGCUUCUUGUAGCGAGACAACAAGGUCUUCCGAUGCCUUCUGCUGGAAUGUAUCUUUGCACGCCUGCUCUCGACUUGAGUGGAGCUGGUGAUUCUAUGGUCUUCAACUCUUUGGGGCGCGACAUCAUGCCUGUUAGUCUUCUCACUGGCAUGGUAUCACAGAACUAUGCUCCCGAAGGAAUCAAUGUGACGGAUCCUCUUUACUCACCUAUUUACGCUAACUAUGACUCGUCGUUUCCGCCAACGGUUAUCACAGUCGGGACGCGAGACUUUGCGCUUAGCCAUGGGAUACGGUUCUAUUGGAAGCUGAGGGAAGCUGGGGUCAAGGUGGAGCUGCUGGUCGCUGAGGGAAUGUGGCAUGGCUUCAAUUGGGAUCCGGUGAUCCCGGAGUCAAUCAGGGCUCGUGCUGCAGUUAUUAAAUUCCUGGAAGGCGCACGAUAG